AUGGCAUACCAGACCGAUCUCUUUAUCAAUGGCGAGUACGUCAAAUCGUCUUCGGGGGAGACACUGUCUAUCUACAAUCCGAACGACGACACCCUGGUCACGGACAAAGUUCAGGUGGCCUCAGAGGCAGAUGUUGAUCGAGCUGUUGCUGCUGCCAAAGCCGCAUUCCCAGGAUGGUCGUCCACUCCGGGUGCCAAGCGUGCAAGCAUUAUGAACAAGUUUGCGGAUCUUCUCGAUGCGAAUGCUGAGCGCAUCGCGAAGCUGGAAAGUAUCUGUAUGGGCCAACCUAUCACCCUUGCCAAAGGGUUCGUACACGGCCCCGCUGCAACCUGGCGAUACUACGCCGGCUUUGCGGGCAAAAUCGCAGGUGAAAGCUACCCGCCUGAAGGAGACGGUUCAUACAAGAUCGUCGCGUACGAGCCGCUCGGAGUCUGCGCCGGCAUUGCGGCAUGGAAUGGCACUCAUGCCUUGGCGUCUUGGAAGAUGGCCGCGGCCCUUGCGGCUGGGAACACAUUCAUCUUCAAGCCGAGCGAGAAGUCGCCACUGGGCGCUUGUCUCUAUGGAGAGCUUGUCAAAGAGGCCGGAUUCCCCCCCGGGGUUAUCAAUGUCGUUGUCGGCGCAGCGUCCGUGGGAGCGAUGCUAGCCUCCCACAUGGAGAUUGCCAAGAUUGCCUUCACCGGUUCAGCUGCUGGUGGGCGCGCUGUAACCAUAGCCGCGGCAAAGAGCAACAUGAAGCACGUCUCGCUCGAACUAGGAGGCAAAUCGCCUGCUAUGAUUUUCGACGACGCCGACCUGGACAACGCGCUUCUGCACAACUCCACCGGCUUCUUGCGAAACUCGGGCCAGGUGUGCUUCGCCUCCUCGAGGGUCUUCGUCCAAGAAGGCAUCGCUCCAAAAUUCAUCGAGGGCAUCAAAAAGGCCUUUGAAGAUGCGGCCAAGAAGAUGGGCGACCCGUCGUUGGAAGAGACUGCGUUUGGCCCAUUGGCCGAUAAGAAGCAAUUCGACCGUGUGAUGAGUUUCCUAAACGACGGCAAGGCCGAGGGUAUCCAAGUCCUGACCGGCGGGGACAGGCUAGGCGCAAAAGGGACGUUCGUGCAACCGACUGUACUUCUCAAUCCUGACGUCAAGAGCCGGGUUUUCACAGAUGAGAUUUUCGGACCCGUGAUAUCUGUCAGGACUUUCAAGUCGGAAGAGGAGGUGAUAGCGUUGGCAAACGACACGACCUAUGGCCUGGGAUCAUCCAUCUUUACCUCCGAUAUCGCUCGAGCUCUACGUGUCGCAUCGAAGAUUGAAGCUGGAAACGUGGGAGUCAACCAAGCAUACAAGGUAUCGCCACAGACGCCCUUUGGAGGCUACAAGCAGUCUGGCCAUGGCCGAGAGAGCGGGUAUGAGGGGCUGAGAGGUUACCUCCAAGCGAAGACCAUCACCAUCAACAUGGACUUGGCUCCAAAGAAGGCAUGA